AUGGACACGGAGGCGAUGAUCGAGGACGUCUGGACGAACCCCAGCGGCACGCUCAAGGGCGUGGGACCCGGCACGGAACUUGACUGGUACGUGCAGCGGCUGCGGGCCAAUCAAUCAAACGUCGUCAAGGUCGACCUGUGCAAACAGAUGCUCGGCCCCGAGGGUGCGAGGGAGAUCAUGGAGGCGCUGGAGAACAGCACCACCGCGCGCAGCGUACUACUGGGCGCCGACGAAAUCGGACCCGAGGGAGCCCGCGCCGUUGGCCAAGCGCUGCUCAAGAACAGGAGCCUCAAGACCGUGUUCCUCGGAUGCAACGGAAUCGGUGAGGAGGGCGCCAAGUACAUCGCGGAGGCGAUCGAGAACAACGACGUGGUGGAGGGCUACUGGCUCAAGCGCAACCAGAUCGGCCUGACGGGCCUCCAGGCCAUCCUCUCCGCCCUCCGCACCAACCAAUCGGUGAAGACGCUCGAUCUGGUGCAGAACAACCUGGGCGUGGAGGGCGCGCGACUGCUCGAGGAGGCAUUCGUCGACGCCGCGCACCCGCUUUCCAUCAUCAGCCUCUACCUCUCGGGCAAUGAGUUUGGCGUGGACGGCGCGCGGCACAUUGCGGGCAUCAUCCGCCGCAACACCACCAUCAAGCACCUCUACCUGGGCCUCAACAACCUGGGCGAAGAGGGCGGGCUGCUCAUCGCUGAGGCCCUCAAGGAGAACAAGACCCUGCUGACGCUGGCCGUGCUGUCCAACGAGCUCGGGCCGCGCGCUGCGGCCACAUUCGCCGACGCGCUCCGCCUCAACAAUACCCUCACUUGCCUCGAUCUGGGCUAUGCCAAAGCCACGAAGGCGCUGGAGGGCAAGCCCAACGUUAUCGAGGACGCUGGCGCCCAGGCGAUCGCCGCCGCCGUGGCCGAGAACACGUCGCUGCGUGUGCUCAAUCUUACCCAGAACGGGAUCGGCGAGGCCGGCUACCUGGCUGUAGCCGAGGCCCUGCGCACCAACACCUCGCUGACGCACCUCGUGCUCGACCGCAACCGCAUGCCCACGGCGCCCGUUUACCAGGCCUUUACCGACGUCCUCACCACCACCAACACGACCCUCUCCAAGCUCACCCUCGCCAACGCCUCCCAG